CCUACAAUUCGGGUUGCAGCCAUUUAUGUUGAUCACAUAUUAGAAGGUGUUUAAAAGGAAUAUUCAGUAUGACUGACUCAAUGAAUUUCGGUCCUGACUGGAUUCGCAAUCUUUCUUCAGACGGUAGUGGUGCAGGGGUAGGCGCCAGUGGUAGCGCAACGCGGUACCAACUUGCAGACUAUCGGUAUGGUCGUGAAGAAAUGCUUGCGCUAUUUGACCGAAACAUCAAGCCUCCUGCCUGCCUCACCAAUUUUAAAAGCCUCUAUUCUGAAACAACCCUGCCUCCUUUGGCCUUAUUGCCUUCCUCUGAGGAUGAAGGCUCAUUUCAGAGGGGCGGGUGGCAAAGUCGUCCGACCACCCUGAGUGGCCCGCCCAGAGGAAGGGGUGGUUCGUUGGAACGCGGCGGUCGUGUAAGCAGAGGUAGAGGUAGCUAUCCCUCUUAUGGUAGGCCAUCCACUUACGAGGGCGGUUGGGGUAACGGUGAUUCUUCCGAUUGGAGCCCCCGGAAGGAGUAUAACUCCAGGCCCGCCUCUUUGGACAAUUGGAGGCGUGUUAGGGGCAAUGAAGAGGAUGAUGGAUGGAGGAAUUUACCGCCCAACAGGAACCCUCACGAAAAAUGGGGUCGAUCCACAAGUUGGAGAGGUGAGGGAGAGAUUGAGGAGAGGAGUGGGCCACCAGAAAGAGGUAACCGAUCCAAUUGGCACGAAACUACCCGGGGACCUGCGAAGAGAUCAUGGGAUAGUGAAGAUCACUUGCCUGAGUGGGCCAACGAGAAUCCUUCAGAAUGCGGGGGCUCUUUCGACGAAAGGGGAGCUUUUCAUGGUUCUGACGAUGAACAGCUGGAGGGGAGGGGUUUUAGAAGGGAAGGCUUGCAAAAGUCUACGUCACAACAGCACAUUACUAACAAAGGCCACCCGCCGUUGCAUUCGUCCAAAUCAACCAUGUCGUUAGUCAAAGACGAAGAUGGUCACGGAAAGCGUGAGAGUGGGCAACCCAUGGAUCUGGCGGAUAAUGAUAGUUUGAAGGAUGGGGCGCGCAUGAAACUCGCCUUCCCAGAUGGCGACGGAUUAGCUGCCAAGGAGAGGAUAGCAUCUGAAGGGAAACAGAAAACCAUAGAAGUGAGACAAUGCAUAAAUGAUAAGUCGCCAGAUCAAAGGAUUGAAGACAGCGAAUUUGAGAAGCUCCAGGAGGAUUUUGUUCUAAAGCUAGUGGUGGACGAGGAGCCUCAGCAUCCGCCGCAGACGCACGCCAGCUUCGACUUGCCCAGUUUACCACCUCCGCCUAAUUUGACUGUGGCAGGACAGGAUAAAUGGUUUUAUCAAGAUCCGCAGGGACAAAUGCAAGGUCCGUUCACGAACACUGAAAUGUCUGAGUGGUUCAAGGCGGGCUACUUCGGUCAGGAUCUCAAGGUACGCCGCCACUGCGACGAGCGCUUUUUCCUAUUGGGCGAAUUGAUGACAAUGUGCGGCGGCUCGAACCCGUUCCAGACCACACUCCGCUUUCCCGUACUGAAAAACGACAUAUCCAAAAUGCCAGAAAACGACCUCCAGUUCCAGUACCUGUCCCAGUUGGCUGCUUACAAACAGGCGCAGGCUCGCGUACAUGCAGACCCUUGGAGCGCCCUCACCCUUCAACAGCAGGAGGUCGCCGCUCAGAGGCUGAUUAUGCAACAGCAGCAACAAGUCCAAUCUGAGAUACCAUAUCUUCAGCAACAGGCGACCAACCCCCUGAUGCAAAUGAUCAGUCAGAUGCAGCAGGCGAACAAACUUCCUGGUCCGGGCCUAUUGGACAAGCCACCCCAAAACAUGCCGAGCUCCCUGGAUCCCCAUGUGCAAAUGCACAUGAGCAACUUUCUGUCAUUGCAAAACCGUUUACCCAGUGGCCUUCCUAAUCACCUACCCUCUGCCUUAACGGGAAGCGUGCCGACCUCUAUACCGCCAGACAGUAUUCACAGCCUUCAAAACCCGUCGCUGACUUCGGGCGGGAUGCCGCUCCCGGGUAUGCCUAACCCGAUAACGGGGCUGGGGUUGACGGUGCCCAGGGCCAGUUCCGUGGAGCAGGUGGGCUCAACCUCAGCCCAAUCCGACCCCAUAUCGAGUUUGCUCAAGCAGCUGCAGCAUAAGCAACAGGCCCAGCAGCAAGUGGAGGCGCUUUGGCAGCAGAACCAGUUCUCUCCCGCUACGUCCGUGCCCUCUCAGCAGUGGCAGCCCCCGCAGGAGGUACCCUUGUCCCUUUGGGACGUGCAACAGCAGCAGCAGCAACAGCAACCUUUGACCGCGGGUGCGCAGACGGUCGACGCACAACUUGAAAAACCUGCGCUGGAUGAGAAAGAAGCGGAGGCGCGGCCACCCCGAGACGAUGCUAAGGAGCAAAAGAUUAAGAAGGAACAAGAGGAGAAACAGCAGAAGAAAGAGACGGAAGAGAAACGGAAACAGGAGCAGAGGCGGCUGGAAGCGGAGAAGAAGGCCGAAGCGGAGCGAAAGAGAAAGGAGGAGGAGAAGAUUAGGAAGGAGCUGGAGAAGGCGAAAAGGGAGGCGGAGGAGAAACGGUUGCGGGAGUUAGAGGAGAGGAGGCGGCUAAAAGAGCAAAGAAAGGUCGAGGAUGAAGCGAGGAAGAAGGCGGAGGGGGCGAAGCGGCUAGAGGAGGAACGGAUGCAGAAAGAGAAACAGCAGAAAGAGGCGGAGGAGAAGCAGCGGGCGGAAGAGAAGCGGCAAGAGCAGUUGAUGCUGGCGAAGGCGGCGCCGUGGUCUCAGUCAAACUCAGCGCUCGGUAUGAGCCUGACAGAGAUCCAGAAGGCGGAGAAGGAACGGAAGCUCCAGGAGGUGGCGUUGCAGCAGCAGAGGGCCCAGCUGGAAAAGGAGAUGCAACAGCAGCAGCAGCAGCAUGAAAAACCUAGUGGCCUUCAACUUAGCUGGGCUAGGAAGCCUGUGGAGCCGAGGAAAGUGAAAUCGUUGGCGGAGAUCCAAGCAGAAGAGCAAGAACGUCUGGCGAAGGAGUCCGCGGAGGCGCGCAUGAAAAAGGAAAAGGAGGCGAAGGAGGCGCCGCCACAGGUGCAGAGCUCGGCCAACAUAUGGAGCGGGCAGAAUCUUACCUGGGCGAGCGCUUCGACCACUUCUCAGUGGUCUUCCACGAAUUAUUCCGGAUUUUGGGAGGACGCACAGCCCCGGGUACCCCAACUCCACAAACCGUCCGGUGUGUCCAAGAGUAGUUCGGCAUCGACGAUCGGCGGCGCGCCAAAACAGCCGCAACAGCUGAAACAGCAGCAGCAGCCCAAAGUCAAAGCCAAGAAGGAGGAGUCGUCCACGAAAAAGAACCAUAAUAACAACAAUGGACCGCUGCAAGACGAUUUUACUGCAUGGUGUCACAAGGCGCUCGCCAACUUUUCCAGCGACGUCGAUAUUCCCACCUUCAUCACUUUUCUGAGGGAUAUCGAGUCCGCGUUCGAGGUGCGCGAAUACUGCAAAGAGUACCUGGGCGAGAGCAAUACCACGCAGCAGUUCGCCAACAAUUUUCUCGAGAAGCGACGCUCCUUCAAGCCAAAAAACGCCCACAAGGACGAUAUGUGUUCGCCGGCACCGGCCAUCACGCCCUCCACGCAGCACAGUAUGGAGUUUCAGGAGGUCAAGGGCAAGAAUAAAAAAAAUAAAAAAUCGAAAAUGCUGAAGGUGGAUUCAAGGAUAUUAGGAUUUAACGUGACAUCAGCCCCUGAUCGAAUCAAUGUUGGUGAUAGAGAUUACGGUGAUAAUUCUUAAAUAAAAGAAAAAAAGUGUACCAUACCGAAAGAAACCUAUAAGUUGUUAAUUAAUUGUACCUUUAAUAUAUUAUACGAUGAUUUUUAAGACAUUUUCUAGUGUUUAAAUGAACCUAUUUAUGUGUAACUUUUUUUUUUGUUUUUACAUAUUUUACUGUUUAAAUAUUA